AGCAUGUAUACUUCACUGUUUCCGCCGGCCCCAAAGUUCACAGAGGAACGCAUAAUUGACCUUUCUGGUAGAGUCUACAUGACAAUCAGCGCAACAUCUGGCACUGGCCUCGCACUUGCAAAAAUACUCUACGGACUACAUGCCACCGUCUACAUUGGAGUCCUACUGAUAUCCCUCCAUAAUUUCCAAGCAGCCCGCAACACAAUCACCGCCUCCGAUCCCACCUCCCUAGGCACACUCAAGCCCUUCCUUGCCAAUCUCGCAGACCUCGCCACCGUCAAACCCGCCGUUGAUUGCUUCCGCAAGGAGAACCACCGCCUAGAUGUACUCUUCCUUAACCUAGACGGCACUGCGGAGAGCAACGACGGCGACCCCACUAUGCGCACUGAUUGCCUCGCGCCCUUCCUCCUGACGUAG